UCCAUAACAACAAGAUGUUUACGAUCGAGGAAGGGUUGUAAGGUUUUUAUGUUUUAAAAGGUGAUGCCCGCUAAAAAGAAAGGUAAAAAGAAGGGAAAGGGAAGUAGCAAAGGUGAAAAUGAAGGAGAAGAAGGAGGAGGUAGACCUGAACCGACUGGAAAGGAACAGGAGCUUAGAAAAGAGUGAGUAUAAGAAGCAAGCUUUGCAUGGGACCGUCAAUCAGUUGGCGAAAAAACUACCUUUUUGUAUUUAAUUUCGCGAUUCUGGCAAGGAAGUAUUUCGCGGGGUUUUAUUUUCGCGAUUUUAACGGGCAAAUAUGAAGAAAAAGCAUUAAAUUUUGCGAUCUACGCAUUCUCAACUUCAUUUAAAAAAGAAAGUGUGAACCUUUAGAUAAACUGGAACAAGGAAUGCGUGAAAUCUUUGCGAACUAACGUUAUUUCACAACUGAAGAUACAAAAUGGGCUUGCCACUAAAACCAGUUAGCAAUUUGUGUUUGUCGAUACAUAUCUUGUAUAUAAUAAUAUUAUUUGUUGACUACACACUAGAGCUUCAAGUACUGUGUAAUGUAAGUGUACUUGGAACCUACUUUGAGUGUGAAGGGGUAAAAUGUAACUACUUCAGCAUUACUUGGUGACCAUGGAAAUGAUCGUAGUUCAAACAAGCUGAAGUUCGCCGCCAAGCAUGGGCAACACGACACUUGAGAAGACACUUGUCCGAUAAGAAAUAGAAGCCAUAUGCACGAUGUGCAUGUGCAGCGGUUCCAAGAUUUUAAUGAACAGAGAGAUUGACACCUUUUACCUCAAAUAAUAUACUUUGUCAACAAGUGUGAAGCUAUUUUUUCUACAGAGCGACUUAAGAUCUCCAAGUGCACUUGAAUGAAGUGCUUACUUAAAACCAACUUUGUUCUAGUGUGAAGCCAACAAUAAUUGUUGCUAUUACCUGUUAAGCUUAAUUGUCAUUGGGUAUAAAUUUUGCGAGGAUUUUUUUUUGUUUGCAUAGAGCCAAUGAAACUAACGUGUGAUUAGGCGGCCCCUCUUUAUUUUUUCUUUGGCAAUGAGGUAGAAAAGGACACCUGAUACAUUUGCAUUACCAGCCCUCAGCCUGUUAAGUCCAGAAUGAUUGGUUGUUAUAACAAAACAGUCUUUGAGUGCAGUCCUGAUUGGUUACAUGAUAACUUGUCUGACUUCCGGUGUAACAGGCCUUUGGCAUUAGUUGACCACCUGAUCAACUUUCGGUAAACACGAAAACAGUUCACUUUUGAAAAAUUUUGUUAGUAGGAACUGAAAGAGCGUAUCAAAAUUAGGUAGCCUGUAAAAUUUCAGCCAUAUGUCUCAAAAGUAGCAAUUAUUGCAAUGGCAGAAGAAAGUUAUAAGGAUUUGUAUGAGAAAAACAACUCUUGCCACCCAGUCAUGCUUGAGUGGUUUUCCAUACAAAUCCUUGUAAAUUCUGAAAUAUUUAAUCUGUUGUUACAUCUUUCCCUUACGCAUUUAAGAGGUCAAAGUGCCUGUUAGGAAUUAAAAGGAGAUUUGAGCCCGGUAAUGCUUAAGGAAAUAUUUCACGACAGUUUUAAAAUUUCAAAAUAGUAUCAGGACUUGAUAUACUUGUAAGCUUACAGAACUUUAAAAAGCCUUUAGACAUUUUCUCAUCGCAAAUAGAAAUAAAAUGUUCCAAAGAAUAUUUAGUUAUAAUUCUGGCUGUAAAAGAAAGCCUUGAGCGAUUUUCUUGCCUCGCAUCUUUAAAAAAAGGCAAACACCGGGAAGCUGGGUUAAAACAUGAACUUAAGCUUUUUAGUGACACUUUUUUAAUGCUUGUUGUUGUGAAUGAAAAUUGUUGUCUCUGUAUAUGUUUCACUGAACUUUUGAUUGUUGGUAGUUGCUGUUGUGCCGUUGUAAUUUUAAUCACUGAGCCAUUUGUUUUCAGUCGUUCAGUGAACAUCGUUUGCAGGAGUACUCAAAAUGCCUCGCACCUCAAACACUUUUGAAGAUAUACACAUUGAUAAAACCAUAAAAUAAAAUAACAUAAUACAUUCUUUAUUUUGUUGGAGUGUAACUCUCUUAAUGUUCAUUCAAACACUCGACCCACAGCUCUAACUGCAAAAGUUAGAACCAGCUGGCUGUAUGGGUGAUUUUGGAAUUUUUUUUUAUAAUGGUUUAGCUAAGCCCACGCGUGCUUCGAUCGUCCUGAAUAUUGAAUGAGUGCCAUUUGUAUUGCAAAAUUGUGAAAUACUGCAUCCUGUCCGAAGUCUGUAUGAUAAAAACAGUGCCUCAUAGUACUGUUUCACCUCAGAUGUGAUGUUUAACUGGUAUAACGGGCUGGUUUACACACACCCAGAUUGGUUCGCAAGAUUUUGUAAAGUAAACUUGUCGAACGCAAAAAAUUUGGCCUUUUUUUUUUCCAGGCCUAAUUAAUCUAUGGUGGUCAAGAGCCAUUAAUUAUGGUUCUUAAAUGUGAGCGAAGAUGAUUGCUAUUUUUGGGGUGUACAUGUAAGAUUUGCUUUACC